UUGAUUUGGGCGCAAAUUAAAGGUUAUGCGGCUCUUAAAAAUACCAGCCCACCGUUUACUGCAAACAAAAUGCUGUCAUUGUUGCAAGAAGCUUGUGAUAGUGUUACUUCCGCGAAUUGGGAAAUUGUGGUUUUACGAACAAAAAAUUUGAUUUUCGCUGAUUGGGACAGAGACAUACAUAUCGAUGCUCUCAUAGAUAACCAAAUUAUAAUAAAUAUAGGGGAUUCUACAGACGAUGAUGAGGGUGAUGACGACGACGCCGACCAUGAAAUAUCGAUUUCGGCUAGUGAUGAUGAAUAUGUUCCAUCUUGA